CGCGUUCGUAGUGAAGUCAUUGACAGUGAUAGUGUCCUGUGAUAAUGUGCAAUGGCGUACGUAGACGUAGUUUGGCGUGUGUUUACGAAGAAAUAUACUAAAUUUCGGCUUGGAUUAUCUCACAGAGGAAGAUCGGUCACGCCGAGCGAGCGCAGCCAAGAGGCCCGGACCAAGGAUCUAGAAGCCAGUUUCUCUCCCGAAGGAGCGUGGACUGCAGGACCAGAGUUUGCGAAAACACCGGACGAAGGGCUGAACAAGAUCGACGACUUCAACCGAAUCGGUUCCAACAAGUCGUUGAGCAGAAGUAAAAGAGUGAAGAGUUUUAUUCAAAAGAAGUGUAAGGGUAUUUCAAACAGUUUCGGGAAUGGAGAAGCCGGGGAAACUCACGUCGCGGUGGCUCCCAGAAGCAAGAGUACUUCGAGAGCCAACUCCGAUGUCUCCACCACAUCUUGGUACGUAGCUAAUGAUUACCACUCGGAUGAAGAGGUGUUGAACCACGUGACCGUGGUUAAAGUCGGAGUUGAUGUGAGAGAAACACAGAAUGUGUCUUCUGUGGCGGUCUGCGAUGAACCUCAAGUGGUCAACGUGGUUGAAGACUCGGUUCAGACCACUGAUAAUGUUGAUUCACGAAAUGAAGGCGGGACGGAUCAUCACGACUCGGAGGAGAUAAAAGGCGAAGAGUCGUUACAAGAUAGUGAUAAUGAAACGUUUAUUCUUGCUCAAGAUUGUCCUGAUGAGGAGGAAAUCAGCAAAUUGGAUAAAGGCUGUUCAGAGGAAACCCUGGUAGACGAGAAGCCUCAGUUGGAGGAAGUAGAAUCCCUUACACCACUGGUUUUUGAGGCCAAGACCGAGAUAGAGCGACUGACGGACAAGUACUUCGGACCCUUGUACUCCAACUACCCUCGCACUCGCCCCGUGCUGGUCAGACAGGCCAGGGAUCUGCUGGUGUGCAGCUACCAUGGCAACACCGCCAGGUUUGAGGCGGAGUUUUGUCAACCUGCAGCGGCGUUGAUGCAGGAGGUCAUCCAGAGGUCGUUCAUUGAGGUUGCGUGCGGAGUGUCCCCCCGCGGGUGGCCGCUAUCCCUCGGUGUACGUGGCGUAGUCCUACACCUCGGCGAGCUGGACGCCUCCCUACUGCGGUCCCGGGACUGCUACCUCUGUGUCAGAGUACCUAACCACCAACCGCCUCAGGUUGCGUUGGUCUGGUCCGGAGGGAGCGUCUCUCCCUCACCUCCUCCCUCGGCCCUCGCCAUGAUGACGGCCACGGAGGAGCUCCCCGAGCUGCUGCAGCACCUGGUAGUGUCUGUGGAGCGAGCCAUCGAGCGUGUGCCUCUGGACGAUCUACCGUUCCCUUGUCCCCAGUGCCAUGAGUGUCUCAGUGAUCAAGACAGCGUGUCCCACUGCCAGUGUCCCGUGGUCGCUGAGAAACGCGACAGCUGUAUCCAGACCAGUCCGAUGUACGAGCUGGACAACAGCAUCCCCCAUAUAGACAGUGACGAAGAGCAUGAAGAUCCAGAGAGGCGGCUUAGCACAGUGAGGACCGAAGUGAUUCUGCCGCCUCGCUGCAUCGCCGAAGUCUCAGAGAAACUGCUCAUGUCCGGUAUAUACCUGCCUGGUGUCCACGACGUGGACGGCAGGUCUGUGGUGGUGUAUGACGCCGCCGUGGUCAGAAGAGCAGCCUUGUCACAUACAGAUAUUGCAAGGGUGGUCCUCUACUACAGCACACUUCCUGUCAGGCCUGACAGGACGUCCAAUGGCCUCACAUUGGUCUGUGUCAAUCUCCAACCAGAGGGUGUCCACUUGUUGGAUAAGGCGUUGGUCUUUAUCACAAAAACACAGAGAGUAGCUCGACUCCUAGUUUCAAAUCCGGACCAGCCACCGGGUCAUUCUACACUACCCCUAAGCAAAACUCAGUGCCAUUCCGUCAAGGACUCCUCCGACCUCCUCCACUUCCUGCCAGAGGACCAGACACCUUCCGAGUGUGGAGGAAGAACCACCCAUGAUCAACUGGAGUGGGUGGAAUUCUUCAAGGAGCUGGAGCCGUUUGUGAGCAGCUGUCAGGCUUGCGGACGGCGUCUGGUGGGUGUUAUGUCGGACGUCCGUAGUGCCGUGGACGGCACGAUGAGUCGUCGGCAGCUCAGCAGUCAGCACCGCACGAUGAGCAGAGUGCUGCACGACAACGAGCUGCAGCGGCUCAGGAGAGACGGACAGACCACACUGGCAGCUCUGGAGGACCGCGCUCAGUGGCUGCCGGACAGCGAGGAUGUUAGGCUGGGAGUUGAGCGAGCAGAAAGAUUGUUCUCUGAGGUGGACCGAGCCGCCAAGCGACUCGAUGAGUUGAGUGACAAACGCCGGGAGAAACUGCGGGAGUUGGUCAAGAUGAGAGCACUUGAAGACGAGACAUCACAGGUGCUGUCAUGGCUGAACCACAAAGGUGAGGACAGUCUGAAGCGACACGCAGAGCUCGCCAGCACUCUACCCGCCAUCAAACAACAGGAACAGGACUUUGAGAAGUUCUACUUCAUCUCCAUGCGUCACCUGGACAAGGGUGGAGACUUGUUGGAGGAGGCGUCCCAAGUUAGCGGACAAAGUGGCUCGUCAGGCCUCCGAGACCUCGCUCGCUCACUCAAGAACCAUCUGAGGGGCUUCAGCGACCGACUCGAGGAUACUAGAGAACGACUCGAGGACACCUCAAGAUGCUUCUACCUCCUGGACAAGGCGUACGAGUGGGCGCUAGAGGCUAUGAAGUACAUGUCUCGAGUAAAGCCAGAAGAUGCCCAGAACCCAGAGCCAAGUGUAAAGCAGCUCAAACAGUACCUGAUGGCCCAUCCUCCCCUCGGCCCGGAGCAUUUCACCGAGAUGAUGGGGUUGGCCAAGAAACUAAACAACGACAAAUUGCUGGAGCAAUGCAAGGUAGCCCAGUGCCGGUGUGAAGAGACCAUCGACCAGAUCAGAUCCAUCUUGGGUAGCGAGGCAGUAGCAACGUCAUGGACCACCAGCACUCCCCUGCCCGGCAGACGACGCAGUCUACCCUCCCCCCAGUCCAACCACACUCCUGGACCUUCCUGUGCUUGUUGGGAUCCUCCCACCACCUCCCCACCUCUGGACGACAUCCGGGAGGAGUGCUUCUGUCGUCCCUCCCACCAGUUGCAGCGGUCCUGCACCUGGCAGUACCCGACGGAGAGUUACGACGAUGAAGACAAACUAAGCUCAUCAGCGGACAAUACCACAGAGGGCAGCGAAACUGGGACCAAGAGUGGUGAGGACCUAGAGGAGCAUGUAGACGAGUGUGGCAAACUUGUGCCUCCGAUACCUGUCAACAGUCAUCUACAUUGUGACCUGAGUCUGCAGAUGGACAACAUGCAGGGCGGCACUCAGACACUCAAAACCAAAAAAACCAUGUUACUUAUAAUGAGAGAAAUGAUUCAGACUGAAAGAGACUACGUCAAAUCCUUAGAAUAUGUUAUUGAGAAUUACAUUCCCGAGUUGGUGAGAGAAGACAUUCCCCAAGCUUUAAGAGGCCAGCGUAACGUCAUCUUUGGCAACAUAGAGAAGAUCUACGAGUUUCACAGUCAGUUCUUCUUGCAAGAGCUUGAACGAUGUGAACAAACACCGCUUUCCAUCGGACAGAGCUUUCUGAGACAUGAGAAGAAGUUUUACCUCUACGCUUUAUACAACAAAAACAAACCAAAGUCAGAUUCUUUGAUGUCGGAAUAUGGCUCAUCUUUCUUCAAGGCCAAGCAGCUAGAGCUGGGUGACAAGAUGGACUUAGCCAGUUACUUGCUGAAGCCUGUGCAGAGGAUGGGCAAGUACGCUCUGUUGCUGCAGCAGCUGAUGAAGGCUUCUAGGCAAGAUGUGGCGGACUUGCGAGACGCUGAGAAGAUGGUUCGCUUCCAGCUGAGACACGGGAAUGAUCUUCUGGCCAUGGACUCGCUCAGAGAUUGUGACGUAAACGUAAAGGAACAGGGACGUCUCUUAAGGCAGAACGAAUUCUUGGUUUGGCAAGGAGGUAAAGGCAAGAAGUGCCUGAGACAAGUUUUCUUAUUUGAAGAGCUCAUCCUCUUCAGCAAGGCUCGCAGAUUCCCUGACAGAAAGAACCUCGACAUAUACAUAUACAAAAACAGUAUCAAAACGAGCGACAUUGGGAUGACAGCAAGAGUAGGAGAAAGCCCAACCAAAUUUGAGAUUUGGUUCAGAAAGAGAAAGCCCAAUGACACAUUUACCCUGCAGUCCGUGUCGGAGGAUAUCAAGCAGGCUUGGACUGAAGAGCUGUCCAAUCUCCUGUGGAAACAGGCCGUAAGAAACAGAGAAAUGCGCCUCCAGGAAAUGUCUUCCAUGGGGAUUGGGAACAAGCCUUGCCUGGACAUCAGGCCCAGUGCUGACCAAAUCAGUGACAGGUCCAUCAGCAUUGCACAGCUCAGCAAAACGGCUCCCCGGUUCCGCAACUCCAUUGCGGUGAUGCCAACUGAGACGGUGCGCAAACGUCCUCAUUCCAUCAUCUCAGUGUCAAGCAGUAGCGGAGCGAGCAGCUCCAGCAGUAGCGAGCAUCGUCUGCACCAUAGCCAGUGCUCGAGUGCGGAGAGCGGCAUCGUAAGUGACUGGCAUACAUCGACAUCCGUCGCCAGUGAUUCCACUUCCCCCUGGCCCGAGCAACAGUAGUGCCUUCGCCACCAAACAUAAGUCUGCUUUAAUUUAGGUAUAAGGUGCUGAUUCCGAAUGUGUCUUUAGUUAAGAGGUGAUUAAUCAAAAUAUUGUACUAAUUAUUGUUCUCGUCGUUUAUCGAGUUAAGUUAGAUUCACGAAGGAUUGUACAGAACUGCACCUCCUUUACUGCUUUACAUACUGUACACGAAUUGGACCAGUGUUAACUAAUGGUUAAUUGAUACGGUCUUGGAGUCAGAAGAAGACCUUUCACCUGAUUAAGUAAAUCACGGGUCUUUUUGUGACUCAUUGACAGUAUUCUGUAUCUUUUAUACACCUCAGCUUUAUUUCUGCUGAUUCAGCACUGUCAUAGUUCACUACAGUACCUAAUAUUAACUCGUCGACAUAUAGUCGAGACGUAAAUUUAUAUUUUUUACAUAGAGCGCUAUUUUUAAUAUUAUGCCCGAGUCAUUUUCACACUGUGCACAAACUGUUAAAAUCCUUUUAAUGUAACAGACACGCUUCAAGAACCACAUUGCAUUAGUUUCUUCUAGUGUUUUAGUGUUUCUUCGACAUAAUUUAUUUUCCAAACUACUAAAAGUUUUAUACUUGUAAAGAAUAUUUUGCCUGGCAAAAUUGUACAGAAAUAUUAGUCAUAAUCGUUUCAUAUUGUAAAAUAACUGUAUCAAAUGUAAACCCUGUGUUACCAUGAUUUGUAUGAAUAUUGAUUUACAAUAAUUUAAAUGAAAAUGCUAUGUACACAUUCAGAGUAAUUUAUUUACUUUAUAGUUUUUGAAUAAAAUUAAAUUAUUGUAAUUAGAGAUAUCAUGGCAUUUUGUCUAGGCAGCGACCACUCCAGUUUUGAGAUGGUAAAACAGCAAAAGCAAAAAAAAAGUAUGAUUAAAUCAUUCAUAGCGGGUAAACAAAUGAAGGAUGAUUAUAAAGUUCGUUAAAGUAUCAUUUUGGCAACUAGUGACACAAUGCCAUAUAAUUUACAGUGAAGAAUCCAUGAACAUAUUUAUGAUUGUAAUGAAAUUCUCCUUCAGUUCAAGACUUUUCAAAACUGGAUUGAAGUUGCCUAGAAGUUGUUGUUUGUCUACAGUCAUUUUACAGUAUUUUAUAUUAAGUUAUGAUCAAAAUAUAUUUCAUUAUUGUAAUAUAUAAUGUAAGAAAUAUAUUUUACUUUCUUUAUGUUGAAAUGUAUAUAUAAUUAUUUCCCAUGCCAGAAAAUGGGUCCAAAGAUUGGGCCUAGAAUGGACUGAUAAGAAUAACAAUUCUGUGUAAAGUAUAUUUAAAUUAAUUUCUAUCAGUGUUACUUUUGUGUGAAUUUUUAUUAAAUCUAGUUUAGUGAAAUUAAAUAUAAUUUCAGCCAUAGUAAUAUGUUAACUAUAUAUUGUAUAUUUAAAAUCUAAAAAAUUUACGGGGUUUUGUUUUUUAGAACCAUAAUUUAAAUCACAUUCAUAAAAACAGAUACCUGUGGAAUAUUUUACAUCAAUUUGAAAUAGUGAAUGUUUUUCUUUUUAGAAAACUAAAUUUCUGUGUUGCUGUAUUUUUCAAAAUUGUGGUAUAAUAAAGAUGUC